AUGGCGGAGGUCUCGGCGGCUGCCUGUGCGCCGCCGCCGGACGUGGAUACCGAUGACUGUCUCCCUGACUACCGCCACCUCUUCAGCCCCGACAUCCUGGCGGGCCAGGUCGCUUUCAUCACCGGCGGAGGCUCCGGCAUCGGCUUCCGCAUCGCCGAGAUCUUCAUGAGGCAUGGCUGCCAGACGGUUAUCGCCAGCCGGAACCUGCAGCGAGUGUCAGAGGCCUCCAAGAAGCUGAUGGCAGCCACAGGGCAGCAGUGCCUGCCCCUGUGCAUGGACGUCAGACAGCCCCAGGCACUGGCGGCAGCGGUGGAGGAGGCACUGAGGCAGUUCCAGAGGAUCGACAUCCUGGUGAACAAUGCUGCAGGAAACUUCCUGUGCCCAGCCGGUGCCUUGUCCUUCAAUGCCUUCAAGACAGUGCUAGAUAUUGACACCCUGGGCACCUUCAACACCUCCAAAGUCCUCUUUGAGAAGUAUUUCCGGGACCACGGUGGGGUCAUCGUUAACAUCACAGCAACCCUGAGCUACCGUGGCCAGGCCCUGCAGGUUCAUGCUGGUGCUGCUAAGGCUGCCAUAGAUGCCAUGACUCGUCACCUGGCUGUGGAGUGGGGACCCAACAAGAUCCGUGUGAACAGCUUGGCACCAGGCCCCAUCGCAGGCACCGAGGGCUACCGGCGCCUGGGUGGGAAGUGGGCCGAGCAAAGCAGCCUGUUGGAGAGCAUCCCCCUGCAGCGUGCGGGCACCAAGACGGAGAUCGCCCACAGCGCGCUCUACCUGGCCAGCCCCCUCGCCUCCUACGUGACUGGCACCACCCUGGUCGUGGAUGGAGGCAGCUGGCUGACCUCUGCCAACAGCUUCCCUGCCUUGCUGGAUGUCUGGGCUGCAGGAGCCAACACCACCCCAUGAGGGACA